AUGCGGCUGUCGGCGGUGGUCGAGUUGUUGCUGAUUCUCCUUCUGGUUGCGUUCGCCGCAUACGGACGAGUGAUCGAACAUGAUGAAAGUGUCGAGGAACGAUCGAUUAGGGAUCUAAGCGGUACCAAACAGGCUAACUUCGGUAUAUCGACGUUAUCCUUGAAACAAGCGGCCGACAACGUGAACAGGUAUUGUACCUGCAACGAGAACAUCUGUAAUUGCUGCCGAGACUUCCAUAUACCGCUGGUGCAAUUACAGGGACCAGGAUGCGCAUCCUUGCAGUAUCUGCAAGGUGACAAUUUAGCGGUUCAACUGAGCUUCGGGGACAAUAUUUUAACAAGCACCAUUGUUAACGGCAAGAGUCCCAAGCCUGUCUGCGUACCGUUACCUGGAGGCUUCACGAAAUUCUGCGGUAGAAUUUAUUCCAUUAAACGAGAUGCCAAGAACCAUUUCAAGGCUUGUCUCGGUUUGGAGUUGCAGUCGGACACUGAGCUGGAAGCUAGCCUUCGCGUCAGUUGCUUCAGAUUCGGUCCAGACGGUCUAAAGCUACGUCCAGCGGAGCCCCUUCCAGUCAUCGAAGCGGAAGUCCCCGACGAGGACGACGACGACGACUUCUUCGGCCUAGGCUCAGACGACGACGACGAAGAAGACGACGACUCCGACGAGGACACACCCGAGGCAAACUCCGUACAAAAUUCCUCGACCGAGGAGGACGAAGACGAAGACGAGGACGAAGAUGUCCUAGGUUUCGGAGCUCUCCUAGACAUUAUAACAGGCGAAGACGAGCCCACGACGAAGAAACCGAAAGUAACCACAGCAGCGCCUCUUCUUCAGUUCACCAUUCCUCUUCUAACGAAACCAACCUCCUCGCCACUGGUUCCAAUCGCCGUAGGCAGCGUUUCCAGCAACGAUCCCGUGGAAGAAACUCAGGACGGCGAAGAAUCUUUAACCGCGGAGGAAGAGAACAUCACGGAGGACGAAGAAGAGUCUCCGACCACCGACGUGAUCUCCAACGAAGCGGAAGAACUCGUCACUGUUGCCUCUAACAAGAUAGCCUCGUACUCGAAACCGGACAAAACACCGACGAAGAAAUUCACCGCGUCAGAGGCGAGCAAGAAGAAGCCUACUAUCACGAGUACGAGUAUCAACGCGAUCGAGAACGAGGCGAACAAGAAGAAGAAACCUCUGAGGAAACCGGUGAAAGGUGACGAAGACGACGACGACGAUCUUCUAGGAGGUGAUUUGGACGACGACGAGGACGACGACGAGGAGGACGAGGAGAUCCUCGACGACGACGACGAGGAGGAGAAGGACAGCGAGGAGGAGGAGGACGAGGACGAGAAGAUCGAUGAGAGCGGGCAGGGAAAUCACGAGGACGAGGAUAAGAGUGAGGUGGAAGAUUUGGACGACGACGACGACGACGAGGAGGACGCUCUGAUCAGCGCGUUGGCCUACGACGAGAAAGAGGAUGGAAAGAAGAAGGGAAAGUUGAAGAAGCAUCAAUUGUCCGAAGCUGACGACGACGAUUCGGAUUACGGAUUAGGUUUGACCGGCCUUCUGGCGAGAAGCAGGCAUUCGAGGAACAGUCGUCAGAGCGAAGAGACGAGAAUUUGA